AUGGAGACCUUCCGCGAGCGCACAUUGGCUACCCGCUAUCAGCCGAGGCAGCGCCUUCCGGAGAACUUUCCAGAGAUCUUGAAGGAGUAUGCAAGGGAGGUGCUUCGCGCGCAGCCAGAGGACAUUCUGGCGUGGAGCGCUGACUACUUUCGGCAACUGGCAUUAGAGACGGAUCCUCUGCAGCCGCAGCGGCCGCCGUCGGGCCACUACGCCCCGGUUGUCGAGGACGAAGACAGCGAGAUUCUCAUUCAAAAAAUGGUGAAGACGUUUUCAGCCGCUGCCGAGAGCACUGACGGCUCUAUUCCCGCGUCCGUGGCUGAUCAGCUCCUGCGUGAGAGCUUCCAGCUGACGCCGACGCAGGUACUCUAUAUCAUGACCUCCACCUUCAGCAUGGUCGACGAGGAGGGCACGCUUCUCAUUGAGCCUUUUUGCCGUGGCAGCGCUCGCGCAAUCCAGUACUUCCAGGCCACCGGCGAGGACUUCAGCUUCACCGAGGAAGAAAGUGAGAACACCACGGUCCACGGUCUCAAUCGCAAGGACGUUGAGGGCGACUUCUUCCGUAUGUUCCGCAUGCUCGACGAAGCCCAAACCGGCUGGCUGCCGUUCGCUGACUACUGCAACUCCCUCAUCAACGCCCCGUACCACCUAACGCAGCGCGACGUCCGUGCGCUCUGCAUGCAGUGCGAGCGCAACGAAAAUGACGAGGUCAACUACGAGAAGGAGCGUUCUCGCUGGUUUGACUUGCUGCGACUCACAGAGCAAUUUGAGCUGUUUGACUUGAAUAGCUCUGACGACGAGGAUGCGGAGCAGUAG